AUGUUUCACUACGCCGCUACAAAUUCAGAGCUCAAAAAGGCUCUAACCGAACUGGAGAAAAUCCCCAUAACUCGGCAAAUCCAAGGAGCCAUUAAAUUUCAUCUGAAAGGUGUUAUUCCGGAUGCCGAGCUACACCUAUAUUCCUAUGAAAAUGCGGUCUCAAAAUAUUGGGUGGUCGUGAAGCCGCUGCUGGAUUUUUAUCAUAUCUACGCCGCUUCUCGUGGGACCGUUGAUGGAGAAGAGGUGGACAAAUUUGUAUCGCAGAUACUAGCGGCCGGACAUGGUAAG